GCACGACGUCUCCAUGCUAUAACAACGCCUUUCUACUUUUACUUUGCUACAAUUUUUUUUGUUUAUAAGUAAACAACUUUACACUUUUAGUAGAGUUUAUAACAUUAAUUUAAUAAAUUUCUAGUUGUUUAAAUACAACAGAUUUCCUACUUAAUGAAAUAUUUGCACGGCAAAAGUUACUCACAAUUUUAAACGUCGGCAAUCUGCAGACCGGAACUGUCUUUCGUUUGUGAAACAUUUCUGAAUUUUGUUCCUACAUUUGAGAUAUAUUUCGCGACGAGUUCGACGGUCAAUUUCAGCAGAGGUGGAUCAGAAAGAAAUCAAAAAUGUCGAAAAAACAUCUCCACAACCAAGCUGCAAUACCUCUAGCACCAGCAGUUUUUAAGAAACCGCAACUUCGGCCUAUGAUAGCCGAAUAUGAUCCCAAGAGUAAAGAUGUUAGACAUGAUUUAAUCAUGGUCAAGUACAAAGUUGAUCCAAGCGAAAUCCCCGUGGAGCAGCAAGCGGGCUCUACUCUGCCCCUUAUGGACAUACCGGGGCGUGAUAUAGAAGCCGAUGAUGAUUACAACCCAUUUGAAAACAGAAAAUUAGCUCAUCCUACAUCGGAUUUGGACACUCUUAUUCAUUUGCUGAAGGGUUCACUUGGAAGCGGCAUUCUUGCCAUGCCGAUGGCAUUCCGUAACGCUGGUCUCUACGUUGGAUUGCUGGCCACCUUCGCCAUCGGCGGUAUUUGCACCUACUGCGUGCAUAUCUUGGUGAAGACCGCUCAUGAGCUGUGCAGGAGAAUGCAGAAACCUUCCCUUGGAUUUGCAGAAACUGCUGAAGCCGCGUUUUUAUCAGGACCCCCGGCUGCUCACAAAUUUUCAAGGCUUGCCAAGGCUAUGGUCAACUGGUUCCUCGUGAUCGAUCUACUGGGUUGUUGCUGCGUUUAUAUCGUGUUUAUUGCUGAAAAUGUGAAACAAGUUGUAGAUAACUACGCGAAGGAAAUUGACUGGUUGCCUUAUAACAUGAAUAUCCGAUACUACAUGCUCAUGCUUCUGCCACUGCUUAUUUUGAUGAAUCUGAUCAAGAAUCUUAAGUAUUUAGCACCCUUUUCAAUGCUCGCAAACCUUUUAGUUGGUAGCGGUAUGGGCAUUACUUUUUACUAUCUUUUCCAAGAUAUGCCAAAAUUGGAGGAACGUAAAGCCUUCGCUGAGAUAAGUACAAUGCCAAUAUUCUUCGGAACCGCUAUCUUUGCAUUGGAAGGCAUUGGUGUAGUAAUGCCUCUUGAGAACAAUAUGAAAACUCCAACCCACUUCAUAGGAUGUCCAGGAGUACUAAACACAGGCAUGUUUUUCGUAGUAUCCUUAUAUGCGUUUACGGGAUUUUUCGGGUACCUUAAAUACGGAGAAGACACGAACAGCAGCAUAACUCUGAAUUUACCACAAGAUGAAAUCUUGGGGCAGAGCGUGAAACUAAUGAUUGCCAUCGCCAUGUUCUUCACGUACAGUCUACAGUUCUACGUGCCUAUGGAAAUCAUCUGGAAGAACGUCCGUCACUUGUUUGGCGCUCGGAAGAAUCUCGCUGAGUACAGUAUUAGAAUUGCAAUCAUCAUAAUAACACUUUGCAUAGCAAUUGCAAUUCCUAAUUUAGGGCCAUUCAUCUCCCUAGUCGGCGCCGUAUGCCUCUCUUUCCUCGGUCUGAUCUUCCCUGCUGCUAUAGAGACUGUAACCUUUUGGGACAGACCUAACGGCCUCGGAAGAUUUAACUGGGUUCUGUGGAAAAAUAUUUUCUUAGUAUUCUUCGGUAUAAUUGGUUUCUUAACCGGUUCCUAUGUCAGUAUUUGUGAAAUUUUAGAGGGUAAAAAUUAAUUUGCUAAGGCUCAAAAUCGAUUAUAUAUUUGCUUAACUUAAGUGUAAUUCAUCAUUCACUUGUUCUAUAUUUCUUUAUUAGCUUUUGAUACUUUAUAUGCAUCGAGCUAUAGGUACAUGUAGUAGCGAUUUAUAAUUCGUUUAUGUAAGCUUGCGUUUUUUGGCAGGGGUUUAAUUUUCAACAUGACUUAACUUACAAGCGAAUACUCUCAGCGAAUACUUUGACGUGUCAUAACGUCUACGUCUUUAGCAUGCUCUGUUAUGUUAGGAAGAUGUAAAACUUGCAGCAUGCACAAUCAAAACUGUGACUGAUAUCGAUAAACCAGCUUUAAAGCCUUGCGACGUAUCACAGUAUAACAACAAAAAAGGUCCAAAGAAAUUUGUCCUUUGAUUGUGAAGAGUCAACACCAAUUUGGCUCAAAUAAGACAAAGUCAAUGAAACAAUCCAAGUCAUCAUAAAUUAUUUAUUAUCUGUCAUAAAUCACAAUGGACACAUUAAAAAAAAGAAACGCGUUUAAAUUACCGAGUGCGCAUUAACAACCUUAACUCGACUCUAUCUCACGACGUAGUUGUCGUCAUCAGUUAUUUGUAUUUAUUUUCCUUGUAACACUUUUUGAGUUUCUAUUACGGCUGAAGUAUGCUUUUGUACUUUCGAUUUUUUUUAAUUUUUGCACUUUUUGUCAAAAUUUCUUGAUUUUUUUUAAUGGGCACAUCUCAUUGCUGGACUCCAACUUUUAUGUAUUUCGAGAUUUUUUGUUAGCCAAUAACAUUUUGUUCCUUUAUUGUUUUCCUUUCUUUAAGCAUUUUGUACAGCUUUGAAGUUUAGAUUUUUUUUAUUUGAUAUAAUUUUUUUACGUGGUUUAAAUAUAAAUUUAUAUAAAAUUUUAAAAUCGCAAAAGAUCGUCUCCUCGAAUUAUUUUAUAACUAAACAAUAGUAAUAACGAUUACGCUGUAGUAAUCAGUGGAAAUUCAGUACAACACUAACCAUUUGACAUCAGUCAAAAAGCGUAAGCUAUGUUAUACUGUAAGUACUUUAGACUCGAAUAUAUUAUUAUUCAUGUUUCUGCAGGCUAAUAUUAUCAUCGAUUUGACAUUUACUUUCCGCUUACUUUGAGGCAACUUUAAAAUUAU